AAUCUAUAAAGCAAGCUCAAGAAAAGACGGAAAUUUGAAUGGAAGCUUAAUAUAUAUAUUCCCAAACCAGAUUGGCAACAGACCUAAAAUUUGAAUAUGCAAAAUGUUAUGUUGUUAUUAGCAAAUAGUGAGUGAAUAUGAUUCUUUUGUUUUCUCCUUGAUAUGUCAUCUGUAUAUGACUGACAAGUUAUUAAUAGACAUUUUCAACUUUCAUUUCAGUUUUCCACUUAUCCCCAAUAUGAAUUUAAUCAAGUAGUGCUUAUAAAUCUCCAUUUAGGCCGGAUAAUAAGGUGAAUUUAAGAGGAAAAACCAAAAAACUGAUUAAACGGACUCCAUUUAAGAGGAAAAACUGAAUCUAGUACCCCAUUCGUCCCAAAUUACUCGUUACUCUUACUUUUGCACAAAGUUUUAGGUGAUAAGUGGUUGUUUGGUUAUCAAUUGUUAUUUUAUUGAAAAAGUACAUGUGAUAGGAGUUAGUGGGGUAUUAUUUUAAUUGAAUGAGAGAGGGUGUGGGGACAAAAAAAAUUUAGUGGGAAAGAGAGAGACACUAUAAUAAUUGUGGGGUCAUUUCUAAUUUAGAAGUGUAACAAGUAAUCUUGGACAGACGAAAAAGGAAAGUAUAACAAGUAAUGUGAGACGGAGGGAUUAGUAUAUAGUUUCUGACAAAAAGGUGUACAAUUGUUUCACAAAAACAAUUGUGUCAGACUGCCAGUCAGGUGACUGAUUUCCCUCCAAAUUUCCUCACUUGAGUACCUUGCUCUUCCAAUUCUCCCUCUUCGUUCCCACCUUGGAAGCUUCAAAUUCUCUCAUUUACUUGACUGUUCUUGCAAUUCAGGUGCUUCCCAUCUUAAUUCAACUAAGCAAACAUGGCUUUUUCAGCAACUCCAAUUAUAAGAGUGGUUGUAUGUAAGGACCGCUUCUGGACAUGGAAUUUUCCUUCAUCCAACUUCACUGUCGUGGUUUUCUGGUGCAAUAAUUCCGAUAUUACUCGGGCGUUUGGUUGACUGAUGUUAGAUGUUUCUUUAAAUUGGUGUCAAAAUCAGGUGAAUUGCUCGUGCUCCUGCAAUUCUGGCUUGCUGGCUGGCUAUAUUGUAUAUUCAAGUCAUGUGCAAGAUCAGCAACAUCCGGCAGUUUCCACUCUUGGCAUUUUUUAUUAGUUAAUUCACUUUUCAGAAAUCUGGUUGAAGGACUAUACAUUCGUAGUCAUCUGCUGCUCUUUUUUUUUGAUAUGUAGGGUGUUCUCCAAUUCUCCCUUCUCAUAAACAAUGAAAGGUAACCAACAACCUUGGAAACGGAGGAGUGGUUCAGCUAAAUCCCCUGAGAUUCAACCCGCGAGCAGCCCAUCCACAACAACCCAACCCGAAACUUGUCAAACCUCAGUCAACAUUAGUUCAGAUGAUGAUAAUCAUGCAGAUACUUGCCCUUCUGUCCAAACUAAGCCUUCUUCGUGGUCUAAGAUGGUUGUUUUAUGUUAUAGGCUUCUGAUUUGUGCCUGUACUGCAUUUCUUACUGCUGCUGUUGCCCUACUGGUGGGAGGACUGGUUUCGAUUCUUACCAUCAUUUGCUCAGCUUUUGCUGCCGUUGUGGCGUUACCACUGCUAUCAUCUCAUCAGAUCAUACGGAGAGUAGCCUUAAUGUUCCUGAAGGAGUACUUGAGAUAAUCGACUGUCUGAUUUUGUGGUUUGCGGAGUACGAGGUUAUGACACAUGUUCCUGCUUUGAAUCACCACAAAAUGCUCGGAUUGCACACCCACAAUUGGAUUGAGGUAUCGAUUUUUGUUCUGAUUGCGUACAAUGUCAUUUAUAUGAUGGUGUGGUUUCUACAGGAGGUUGUUUGUGAAAAUCUAGAUCCAGGGAUUGAUAAAAAAUCAAAACGGUAUUUACUAAUAGAAAAGUUCUUGCGCAAGAAACAUAUUGUGUAUUGUGCUAAUGGAAUGAAACACAGCAUCAACUUCAUAUUGAGCUCAUUUCUGCUUCUACUCACGUGGGUGUUGUAUUUUGGCUCCCACCUAAACGGAACACCCGGUGCAAAAAAUGUUUUGAGAUUCGGAACUUGGACCUGUGUAAGUUUUUUAACUUGCUCCUUUUUAUGGCUGAUCAAAACAUGUGUGUUACUAUCAUGGGAGGCUCGUUCGGUGUAUAAACGACUACACUCGAGAAUAAUAGAAGGAGGAAAGCAGUUGUACUUCCUUGGCGUCAUUGGUCGCCAUGACUACGAUAUUUUCAACCUUUUGUAUGAGUGUGGGAAACAAGAAGUUAGUGUUGUGGAUUAUGUGGAGGAACUAAAAAGAUUACGUUCAGAUCUAUGCAACACUCUAUUUCCUACUCGGGCAAUAACUCUUGAUGCACGUUACCAAAAAAAAUCCGAUAAGGUGGAUGUUCGGGGGAUAGGAGUUACUGUGAAGAAAUUGUGUGAAAAAAAGAAGAAAAGAGUGCAGGAUGACUUGUUAACGCAGCAAAGAAAUACUAUGUAUUGCGCACAACUGGUGGCUGGAUACUUUUUCACAGCUAAGAAAACAUUGUUACAGGAGAAGUUCACUUCAGACAUCAUUCAGAAAUUUAAGAAUUAUGGCGAAGAUAAUGAUAAGAGCAAGGAUUGGGAAGAUUUUAAGAAUCAACUGCAUGAAUUUGUGGAUUCUGGCAAGGAGAUAUUGUUUGAAAAAAGACUUUCAAAGUGGGUGGAAAGGGCAAGCAACAAUUGUAUAUUCCUAGCAAAUACGCUAAGUAGUGCCAAAGAAGUUGUUGAUUGUUUGAACAAAAUUAUAAGUUGUCUAUUAAUUGCUGCAACUUUCAUACUGUGGUUGCUUCUCACCGGGUUGGCUACCACAAAAGUAUUACUACUCAUCGUGUCACCAUUGCUAGCUGCAACCUUUGUAUUCGGAGACACUUGCAAGACCUUGUUUCAGGGGAUUAUCUUUGUGUUCGUGGUGCAUCCUUUCUAUGUUGGCGAUUUAUGCGUCAUUGAUGGAAACAUGAUGGAGGUUAGAACAAUUGGUAUAUGGAAAACGACGUUGUCAAAAGUUAGUACGCAAGAGGAAGUGAUAUAUUCAAACUCAGAGUUAUUCAACAAAAGUAUCAUCAAUCAUAAAACGAAUUUUGAUUGGAAUGAUUACGUUGAACUUGAUGUAAGCUCUUUGGACAAGAAAACAAUCAAGAUUUUAAAAAACGAGAUUGAAGAAUAUCUUGAUUGGGUUGAAGAUAAAUUCAUACCAGGUUAUAAUUCUGUGGAGGUGUUGACAAACGGAGAUAACGUAAAGUUAAUUGUUUAUUUUAGACACAGAGUGAACCUAAGAAACCACACCUACUUCGAAUGUCUCAAGGAAAAACGUAAGCUACGAUCUGGAUUCGUUCUUCAUGCAGAGGACCUUGUAGAUCAAUACAAAAACAGAGAACAGAGAAAUUCAGAUGGAACUACAGACGUUGCUCAAGAUGAUUAGUCAGGAACUUGAAUUGGCAGCUUAUUGAAUAUUGAGUCUUCCUGAAUCUGGAGACGAAGAUAGAACAUAAGAGUCUAUUGAUUUUGGCAUCAGCUUGUACAUGAGUUAAGUAUUUUGAUAAGCAAUUUACGAAAGGAACUAUUGUUAGGCUGCAAACUGCCUGUAUUAGUACAAUUACAUUGUAGUAAUCUGGUGUUAUAUAUUCUUAAAUUUGUGCUCAAAGGACUAUGAGUUGCAUUAUGUU